UCCAUAACUUCCAAUGCUCAGCCAACCUUCCUAUAUCACUUUUGUGAAAACGACAGAGGCAAUUACACUAGUAAUAGUACCUAUGAGGCCAACCUAAACCACCUCCUGUCAACCAGCUUUCCCUCCCAAGAUGGCAAUGGCUCCGGCUUUUACAGUCUCUCAUACGGCAAUUCCUCCGACCAAGUUUACGCAAUCGGGCUGUGCAGAGGAGACGCUAAUCCCGAUGUUUGUAGCGGUUGCCUCAACAACGCUUCACAGCUUCUCCCACGGGUUUGCCCCAAUCAGAAGGAGGCGGUCGGAUGGCAUGACUACUGCAUGCUCCGCUACUCAAACCGCUCCUUGUUUGGCGUAAUGGAGACAUAUCAAAAGGUCUUUUUGUGGAACAGGCAAAAUGUGUCAUCCAAUGUGGACGAAUUUUUCCAAGACCUCCGGACCUUAUUGGAUGGUCUGAAAAACCAAGCUACCUCCGGCAGUUCUCUUCGAAAGUUUGCGACAGGGAACGCAAGCGCUCCAGAUUUUCAAACCUUAUAUGCGCUCGUUCAGUGCACGCCUGACUUGUCACACCAAGACUGCAACAAUUGCUUGGAUGAUGCAUUUGCGGAUAUUCCAGCAUGUUGCGAUAGGAAGAUAGGGGGGAGAGUCAUUGGCACCAAUUGUAAUUUUAGGUAUGAGAUUAGGCUCUUUUAUAACCUAACAGAUGAUGCAUCACUUGCUUCAUCUCCACCACCACCACCGUCGACUAACUUUUUCACAACUACAGGAGGAAAAGAGAGUAACACGUCUAAAAAGAAUAUUUCUAUUCCUGUUGUAGCUCUGGUACUAAUUAUCUCCAUCUGUGCAUUUUUAAAAAGACGGAGGGCAAAGCGAAAGGAAGAAACUCGCCCCUUGAAUGAACCUGUUGAGGAUAUCGAAAGUGUGGAAUCAUUGCAAUACAGUUUUGAGACAAUCAGAGUUGCGACUGAUAAUUUUUCGGAGGCAAACAAGCUUGGACAGGGUGGAUUUGGUUCUGUAUACAGGGGAAGGCUAUUUGAUAUCCAAGACAUAGCUGUAAAACGGUUGUCUAGGGAUUCAGGCCAAGGAGAUCUGGAAUUCAAGAAUGAGGUAAUACUAGUUGCUAAGCUUCAACACCGAAAUCUAGUAAGGCUCCUUGGUUUCUGCUUGGAAGGAAAUGAAAGGCUUCUUAUAUAUGAGUUUGUUCCAAACGCAAGCCUUGAUCACUUUAUAUAUGAUCCAAGGAAGCGUGCGAACUUAGACUGGGAGAGCCGCUAUAAAAUUAUAGGAGGCAUUGGUCGAGGGCUCCUCUAUCUUCAUGAAGAUUCUCGUUUGAGAAUUAUCCACCGAGAUCUUAAAGCUAGUAACAUUUUGUUAGAUGAAGAAAUGAACCCUAAGAUUUCGGAUUUUGGAAUGGCAAGGUUGUUUGUCGUUGAUCAAACUCAAGGCAACACAAGUAGAAUUGUGGGAACCUAUGGAUACAUGGCUCCAGAAUACGCUAUGCGUGGACAAUUUUCGGUCAAGACUGAUGUAUUUAGUUUUGGUGUGUUACUCUUGGAAAUAGUGAGCGGACAGAAAAAUAAUUCCUUCAGUCAUGGAGAACAUGUAGAAGACCUUUUAAGCUAUGCUUGGAGGAACUGGAGGGACAACACAGCCGCAAAUAUCAUAGAUCCAUUAUUGAGGAUUAAUUCAGGAUCUGAAAUAAUGAGAUACAUCCACAUCGCACUGUUGUGUGUCCAAGAUAAUGUGACUCAAAGACCAACCAUGAAUACAGUUGUUCUUAUGCUCAACAGUAACUCUCUGUGUCUUCCAAUGCCUUCAGAACCAGCUUUCUUUAUACAUAGCAAUAUUGCAUCCGAUUUGUCAUUGGCUUCUGAAGCAUCUAAUAAUGAAGCUUCAAUCACAGAACUCUACCCUCGCUAG